UACAGUACACUACUACAACACAGUACCAUUUCUCGAAGCCUUCAGCCAGCCACCAGGGAUGACACUCCGGAUUGCGGCCGUCGCCCCCUCCUCGCGCGCCGCCAUGUUGUUGGUGGCGCGCCGGUCACGGCCUUCCCCCGCCUCCUUGGUGCCUAUCAUGGCGCUCCGAUCACUCUCCUCGACCAACGCCCUGAGGAGGAGCGCCGCCGCCGCCAUGGAGCCCGUCUUUACCCCCAAGGGCGUCACACCCAUCGGGCCAUACUCGCAGGCCAUCAAGGCCAAUGGCUUCGUCUUCGUCUCGGGCCAGAUACCCGCCGAGACGGACGGGAAGCUCAUUGACGGCACGACCGCGGAGAAGACGCACAAGAUGUGCCAAAAUGCAAAGGCUGUUUUGGAGGCCGCCGGGUCAGGCCUGGACAAGGUCGUCAAGAUCACGGUAUACUUCCAAAACAUGGACGACUUCAAAGUGAUGAAUGAGGUUUACGCGACGUACUUUCCGCACAAGCCUGCACGCAGCUCCUGCGAGGCCAACCGGUUGCCGGCAAGUGCGAGCAUGGAAAUGGACAUUAUAGCACUGUACUAGGUGAUGACGAGGUCAUGAGGUUUGGAGCACAGGCGAUGAGCCCCGACAACACCAGCUUGAACGAAUGAGUG